GAGAUUGCAUGUAAUAUAGUUGUACAGUUUGUGUGGUGAAAGGUUUGGAACUUGGAAGCGUGUGUGGAAAGAUAACCUGUAACCGGUCGAGAGUCCUACUGGAAUUAGCAACUAAAGGCACUGCCUGUUCAUAUCAUCAGACAUUAUGUCCAAGCACUGCUGCUAUGCUUGGUGUACUGAUUCAGGAGGAGCUGAUGUUGCAAACUGGGAGAUGUAAUGAAGCCAAAGCCUGCUAAGUGGAGGGGAGGUCUCCGAGGCAUUGAUUGCAAGCCAGUGAGCAUCCAGCAGAGCAGCUGUGAGCAUGCUUGCUGCCUCACAACAGUGACGUUGGUACCUUCUAGCAACACAGCAGCAGCAGCAGCUCCAUUGGAGAUGUAUUUGCGCAGACCCUCUGCAUUGCCUGAGUAACAUCUAUAGGGCAAGAGACAAUUGAGAAUCAAAACAAUACAGAAAAAAACAGCAAAGGUUUUUUUUUUGAUUGUUGAAAGCAUACAAACAGGAUUAAUGGAUAUUUCCAGGCAGUGGUUUUCCAGAACACAGAAGAGGGUUUCUUGAAUAAGCUGUCUAAAGACAUCCACGAAAUGCAUAUCUCACUUCACUGGUGUGACACGAGAACACUCUGUCAGCAGAUUCCAGCUUGGUUGAUGACCUAAGGAAGUUGCCGACCAUGGACAGUCCACCUAAGCUUACUGGUGAAACACUGAUUGUGCAUCAUAUUCCUCUGGUGCAUUGCCAAGUUCCAGACAGGCAGUGCUACAGUGCUGGCAAGAGAACCAAUCCUUUUUGUCAGCCUGACCUAGGCAUAAAAAGGACCACUUCACUUCCAGAGAGAGAUGUUUUCGAAAAAGAUGCAUUGUGUUAUAAGAGCUUGAUACAGCCAUCUGCUGCAUCUGUAACAGCUUUAGAAGAUCCAGAAAUCAAGCCUAGGGAUGCCAAGGGUCCUGUCAGUACUAAAAGAUACAAUCCUUUUCUUGUGAAUGACAGUCAGGAGCAAGAUAUUUUCACUGAAGGCACAUAUCAAAACUCUUUCCAUCUUCACAGCAACACGAACGUGAGCAAAGAUUCUUUUCAGUUGCAUGACCUUGCUUUGCAGCCAUUUCAUUUGCAUGAUAUUCACAACAGAGUGAAACAGUGGACUUUGGCCAGCAGAUCUGGUAUUGUCGAUGGUCAGGAAGUAAAAUGUGGUAGUGAUGGCCGCUCAAGAAUUGAGUCUGUUGAAUGUAUGGACCUGGAUGCUGUCAGCAGCCGUCUAGAUAGUGCAUCCACGUUUUCCAUAGAGUGUGGUGACCAGGAAUGGAAUCAAAGUCCAGAUGAAUCACUAAGGAACAAUGACGUUUUGCGUGGCAGGACAUGCAGCUGUUCAAGCAUGGAAAUGCACCAAGGGAGGUGCUACAAUCAUUAUGACCAAUGUGACCUGAUGGAACAGCAGAUGGGAUACAUCAGUGACUCAUCCUGCAACAGUUCGGAUGGUGUGCUAGUGAACUUUAGUGCUCUAUACAACAAAAUGAAUGGACAUUCAAAGUCCAACUUGAAUUCAGCUAACUUAUCCUGUGAUUCUUCCUUUUGCAGUCAUGCAGAUACAGGAGCUUUCUACUUGGACCUUCAUUCAUCCCCAACUGAUCCCAAGCCAUCAUGUGAAUCUCAGAGUUCAGAAGGCUCUGGGAAGGGUUGUGAAUGCCUUCACCAGUCUUCACCAGCUUUAGAUGCCAACUGCAAUUCAUACCAUCUGCAGUGUGAGGCUUUAGCUUGUCCAUCAGAAAAUUCAGACCACACAUCAUGUUUUCAAAGCCAGGCAAGGUUAGUCACUGCCACUCAGAACUACUAUAAGUUAGUGACAUGUGAUUUGUCUUCUCAGUCAUCUUCCAGUCCAGCCGGAUCUUCAAUAACAAGUUGUUCUGAGGAUCAUCCCAAAAGUAGCCCGAGUCAGCCAACUGAAUAUUAUUUGUUUAGAAAACCUGAGGGUGAACAGGAAAAUGUACAUAAUGAACGAAAUGGGUGCAGCAAGCAGAAUCCUAGGUCAGGCAGUGCUCAUAAUCUAAUAGAAGGGCAGGUUUAUGUCAACAUUUCACCUCCUAAUAUCAACACUGGAAGACAGAGGUCCAGGAGUUAUGAUCGUAAUUUAGACAGGAAUCCCCAACCCAGACUGGGCUCAUUAGAGCGCAUGAUGAGUUGUCCAGUUAAAUUGAGUGAAGGUCGAUCAAUUUGUCAGAUGUCACCUCCAAAACGUGUGACAUCAUUUGCAGAACUGGCCAAAACUAGAAAGAAAAAUGGAAAUUCUCCCCCUCAACGUACAAGUGCUGAUUCAUCUCUUGAGUUCUCUCCGAUCUCAGAACGUCAGAAAGGACCUUUAUUUCAGGAUAUGGAUGGGGACACUCACUGCCAGAGUCUUCCACCAAUGCCAUUUUUUCAUUGCCUUGAUAAGAGCCCUGACACCUCUGUGGUAGAAUAUAGCUCUGGAGGAAGCCGAAGGGAAAGCUGCAGCAGUGGAUUGUUUUCCAGUGGAAGUUCUUCCCAGAAUGUUAGUAGAAAAGAACAGCUCUUACAGACACAGAUGCUUGACGGACCCAGCUCAUCAGUGGGAAGUGAUGGAAGCAAUCAUAUGAUGUGGGAUUUCAGAACUAAAGCAGAAGGUGACACAGCAGAUGACAAGUCAGUUGUGCGAUACAGCAAAGAUCAGCGCCCAACUACCUUACCCAUCCAGCCUUUUGUUCUACAGCACCACUUUAGUAAGCAGUUACCCAAAGUCCGUCCCUUACCGAAUCCUUACAGCUCUAGCCGCUCUCAAGGUUACAGUGUCCCUAGCAGUCAACCCACAAGUCAGACAAAUUCUUCGGAGUCCCAGUCAUCAAUGUCAAUCACAUCAGCUGGUUGCUCAUCUAACCAAACACAAAGCACAAUUGCAAAGCUAGCAGCUGAGAAGAGUGGAAGUCAUUCUGCCGUUAUAAAUGACUGUUACAGGAAGAAUCCAGCUCCAGGUACCACCAGACCAUCACCACUAGGAAGUUAUUCUCCUAUUAGGAGUAGUGUGCCUUUUCUGCAAAGUACUGACUCUUCAUCAUUCAUACUUUCUCCAGAAAGAAUUAAUGGUUGUCUUCCUCCCAGAAGUAGAUCUUGCCCUGUAACAGCAAGUCUUCUUCCUGUAGGAUUUUCCCCAGUUAGAGGAUCUGCCAUGUCUGGUACACCUCCUGUGACAGAGCCAAGAAGUGUGGAAAAUAGACAGAAGGAUAGUCCAAAACCGGUGACACCCAAAGAACGAGCAUUUAUUCAGAACAGUGAGGUUACUGGACACUACCUGCAUCACAGUGCAUUACCACCACUUGCAUCAGUGAACCUGAUUGUGGAUAAAGUGAGCACCCACACAGAAUCACAGAGAAAAAAAAGUACAGAAAGUGUCAAGCAAGUAAUAGCAAAUACUGCAGCUGCAAAACCACUAAAUGCCAACCAUCUCUCUCCUCAAGCCCUAAAGUGGCGGGAAUACAGACGAAAAAACCCACUUGGUCUAGGCCGCAUGUCUGCUGGAUUAGCUGGCAGUUUGGACAGGAAACAUCCAGAUGCUCGACUGAGCAAGAAGAGCUUGAUUUUCGAUUUUCCAAGCACUGUUGGGGUCAGCCAGCUUCACUCCAAACUACAUGGUCAGUCUGUGAAACACUUGCAAAGCUACUACAGUGACUUCUUUCCAGACUACUUCUCAGUAACAGAGAAACCUCCUGCAGAGUUCUGCCUGUCACCAGAUGGUGUUACUGAGUCUGUUCCUGUAGAUCUGCUGCAGAAAAAAGAUCUGGUGAAGGCUAUAAACACAGCAGUGGACCUGAUUGUUGCUCAUUUUGGGACCAGUCGGGAUCCUGGAGUAAAGGCAAAGCUUGGAAACAGUUCUGUGAGUCCAAAUGUGGGGCACCUCAUCUUGAAAUACCUGUGCCCAGCAAUCAGAGACAUCUUAACAGAUGGCCUUAAGUCUUAUGUAUUGGAUAUGAUCAUUGGUCAGCGGAAGAAUGUACCUUGGAGUGUAGUGGAGGCAUCUACCCAACUUGGUCCUUCUACCAAGGUGCUUCACAGCCUGUAUUGCAAAAUAAGUCAGUACUCCGAACUGACCAAUCACACUAUGAGAUUUAAUGCAUUCAUCUUUGGACUGCUUAAUAUCAGAUCCUUGGAAUUUUGGUUCAACUACCUAUAUAACCAUGAAGAUAUUAUUUUGGCACACUAUCAGCCAACGGGAUUCCUGGCCCUGUCUCAUAGUGUAUGUCAGCAGUUGUUCGAAGAAUUACUUCUGCUUCUGCAGCCCCUUUCACUGCUGCCAUUUGACCUUGACCUUUUCUUUGAAUACCAUCUACAACAGAUGGGAAAAGAGCAGCAAAAGAAAAAGGAACAGCUUAGAGUAAAGCAGGAUCUUCUCCAGUCAGUUCAUUCAACUUUUCAGUUAAUGAGGACUCGGGGUAGUGGUCAGGAAAGUGGAACCAGUGUGUGUUCAUUUCCAGAACUUCAGAGAGCAGAUGGUGAAGUUGGAAGUACAGGCAUCGUCGAUGAGUCAGAAGUCAAGUGUGAAAGAAUGAAUGCAGUAGGAUCAUCAGUGACAGAUAGUGAAGUGGAAGAGAGUCAGGAGUCUGAGAGGAAGAUGAAGGAACACGCGAUGGAUAUUCGGAAGGAUAAACAAGCUGGAUGGUGGUACCAGUUAAUGCAGAGCUCACAAGUUUACAUAGAGGAUUCUGGGGAAGGAUCAAAGUUUAAUAGACUGGAGAAACGAAAAAAACAAGGGUUGGCAACACCUGCUACAAAACUGCUACAGAAGUUGGAAGGGAAAAGUCAACCACCUCCUAGAGAAGGAGUUGUAGAUGGAGCAGAAGAUCACCAAGAACCUGAACAAGUCAGUAGAGAUGAGCCAAAAUCAACGAGGGAAAAAUGCACUUCUAAAGCAGAAACUGAUAAAAAUCAUAAUGUGUUUAAAGAACAGCAGGAGUGCUCAAAGGGCAAGCCUUCCUGGAUGGGUAGCCCACCAGAGUCAGUCUUACAUGAACUGAAGCACAAUGCACAGAAAGAAAAUGAGGCUUUAUCAAUACGGGCAGAGUCCCAGAUGGACAGGGUAACUACAGCAGCAGAUGAGAGCAAUCAGGGGAUGAAAUGGGGACAUCUGUUUGGAGCUAAUCCCAGCCAAGGAAGAAGAUCACAGGCAGAAACUAGAUCGAAAAACAGGUUGCCAUCUGACUGGCUAGGUUUGGACAAGUCAGUCCUGCAGCUGAUGACCCAAACAGUCUGUGCAGGUAAAUGGAGAGAGAUACAGCCAGGGAUGGUCCGAUCUCCUUCUGAUGGUCAGCAGCAGGAUCAGCAGGAGCAGACUGCAGAUGUAAGAUGUACACAGUCGCCACCUUGGGAUGUUAAGGCAUUGUGCCAUCACAUUGCAACAGAGAAGGGACAACUGAGUUUUAAGAAGGGAGACAGUCUACGCGUCUUGGCAAAAGUGGAUGCCAACUGGCUCUACUGUAGUUCUGGGACUGAGGCUGGACUUGUACCACUGACAUAUGUGACACACACAGAAGAUGAAAACUGCUGACCUACAAAUAUAACGAAACCAUGUACAUAUAUGUGGAGAAAGGUCUGAAAACUCACAUCAAGAAAGCAGCAGUUCACAAUGGAAUUCUGUAAUGCCAAUUUCUUACAUUUAGUUUUUAAGUAAAGGGAAUCAGAAUAGUGUCCCAUGGUUGCUUUCAUACUGGGAUGCAAGACAGCCACCUCAUGCAGAGUUUCAGUGCUUAGCAGUGAGACAAAAUGGCACUAUGCCUUUCCUGAGAGCUGUGCAUGCCAUCUGCACAAAGGCUUGUCAUUCAGCUUCCUAUAUUUGGGUCUUUAACCUGACUAUGGGACAUGUAUGUAGCAGAAAUCAUAAUACAGUAUAUAUGUUGCACUUUUUAAUAAUUAUUUAUUAUUUAUUGAUAAUUGUAUAUUAUAUUUAAAAGUUAAAGUAAGCUGCAUGAUUCUGUGCAGUGCACUAUAGGGCGUGAAAGAAGUGUGUGUCUGUGUCUGAUCUGCAUUGACCGCAUUCAAAAUUCUGUCUGGUUUGGUAGUGUAGUGUAGAGUCUUGUGGAAGGGCAUGCCAUGUCUGGCUGCCAUACUAGCAAAACUGAAAUCAGGACAUUAAAUGGUAUUUUUUUUAUUUGUUUAGAGCUCAGCCCUAAUGUCUGUUGUAAGACUGUUGAAGUACUGCCUCUCUCAGCCCUUUUAGGCAGUACUGCUGUUUUCUUUUUUUGUGACAGAUUCUUAAUAAUGAGUGCCAUACAUUGGAAGCAAGUGUACACCAGAAGGAAGAUAGCUGCUUCUCAUUUGUUGAGCCCCUUGAAAAAUGCCCUGUAGUGACAAGUUUGGCAUCUAAAUUCAGACUGAUUGGUUUGUAAUGGAGUUAUUUUUCAAAAUGUCUUUAGAUUGUCGGAUAAAUAAAUAACUAGUCACAGAGUAACAGGGAAAUGUAAGAGAGUAUAUUUAAAUACUGCAGAAAGUGAUGCAAUCAAAGUUUUAUGAUUUUUGUUUUCAUUAUAACCAACAUGGAUGCCCCUUUAGAACUGCUUAUUCUGAGAACUAUAUUCUGAAAUGAAUGUUGUGCUCCUCUAAUGUUUAGUGGGCAGCUGUUUCAUUUUAACUGUCCUCAGUUGUCUUCAAAUGGGAGCACUGAUUUCAGUCCUAAUAGUUUGAUAACAGAUACAGUAACCUGCCAUUUUGUACUAAGCAUCACAUUUUUCUUAUGUUUACACCUGAUUCAUAGUAACAUAUUGCUGUUAUUUAUUCCUGAAUGUUUACAAAAUAAAGUAUUUUGCCAAUUAUAUUGCUUACUUCAGUUUCCCUUAUAGCCCAUCUGUUUGUAUUUUGUCCAUUUUGUGGUAUUUUUUUAGGUUUUCAAAAACCAUUUGGCUAAAGGAAUUACACAGUUGUCUGGUAUAUGCAAUCACACCAGUUUUGCAGUGCCAGAGAUAUUUUCUGAAACAGUUUUUUCAGCACUAAUAACUUCUUUCACAUCCUUACUGCAAAUGACAGGCAGUAAACAUGAGGACAGUAUUUGUGCCUUGGACGGGUUUUGUUGGGUGGCUGGACUGCCUAGACCUGCACAGUCAAAUCCUGAACUAAUGUUAAACUGAAACUAAUUUGGCUUUAAUGUUUUUCCAGUCUGCUUUAUAAUUCUGCUUGUUGUUUGAGGCUGGCAAACAGACUGAGGGAUUUAUAUAGUAUUAUAAUGUUUACCACCUGCCUGUACAUAUGCCAUUUGUGAAUUUAAACCCAAUUUAUUUUUAUUUUAUCCACCAUGUAUUAUGUGUAUCACAUUUAUUGAUUUGUUAUGCAUAUUUGAUUAAUUAAAGAGGUGCUACAUCGAA